UCAUCUGCUUGUUCCCAUUUACCCCUCAUCAGCUUGCUUUACUUCUCUAAACACCUUCGGCAUGCAUGAGGAAGAAAUAUACGCCUCUCUUCAGUGGGACAGUCCAACCACAGAGGCCUCUCAGAAGUGUCUGUCUACUAGCAAAUGUUCAGGAACAUGGUGUGUUGUGACGAAGAUUUCCUGUGUGAUCUGUGUGGGCUUAUUAGCAACAUCCAUUUUCUUGGGCAUCAAGUUCUUCCAGGUGUCCUCUCUUGUAACGGAUCAGCAGGAAAGACUCACCCAACAGGACAAAGCACUGAGAAACCAAACUCUGCAGCUGGAAAACUGCCAAGCCUUGCUACAAAAAUGGCUCCACUCAGGUUGCCAACAAAGAGAAAGCAUUCAGCGGAGCAGCUCUGUGGAUACCUCAAAGACCGUAUCUUCCUCUCAGAUAACUGCAAGAGCUGGAAAUAUUUUAUCUGUGAGAAGAAUGCAUUUGGAUCCUGCGUCUGAAAGAUGUAACUCAAAGCCUCCUGUUACAUGAGUGUUUGAAAGAGGCCCAAGAGCAAAUGCAGGAGGAGUUUGCUGUGUGGCCCAUGAGAGCAGAUUUGCUUUAUAUUUACACUUGGCAAUAUUCUUUAGAGAGAAGUGAGUGGCAUAGGGACCUCCAGUGUUUGUAAAUUUCCUCUGAUGUACAGGUUUGCAGUGUCUUACCUUUGGAGCUAGGAGUCUAUUGCUCUAGGAUUUGGGUGCUCAGGUUGAAUGCUUAUAGCUCUGGGUCUUAAUCACCACCGGCCCCAGCUCUUGGCAGAUUUCAUAAUCCUCGAUCAUUAGUAAAAGCAGUACCACACAGCAGUCAAUUGCAACAGGUAUCUCCCACUAGUGUCAUAGUUCUUGGAUGGCUGUAGGAUGAUGGGACCCUCACCUCUGCAGUGACUAUUACAGUCCUCUUGUCUAGAAUGUGGAACUAUCCCAUCAGCCCCUGCUGGGUGCUAGUGUUACAGUUCCCUGCAUAGGUAGUCUGUGAUCCUGGGUCCUAAAGACCAGCAACUCCUUGGUUCUUCCAGUUCCCUGAGUCCGCUGUUUCUCCUCUCUGGUUUGCCACAGCCUUCCGACUUUAACCAGCCUUGCUCUUCUACCUUCUCUCUUAUUGUCUCUGACUGCACCAUUCUCGGUGUCUCCCUGCUUCUGCUGCCCAGUCUUUCUGCCAUGGCUGCUCUCUGGAAUUCUUCAGCUGUUCUCUUGUCCAUCUCUUCCGCCAUGGUGUCUGUACUGCCUCCACCAGAGCAGUAGUGGCUUCCAGUGCUGCUUGGCUUUGCUAGCACCCCGGGCUUCUGCACCUUCUCUGUGUGUUACCAGCUCAGCCCACUCUUCUAACGAUAACAAGCAAAGGAGGUGAAAAAGGACCACUCGGGAAGUCUUUUAUCGGUCCUAACGUUGCAACACCAGGAAUGUCAGGGAAGGGGGUUUCCUGGCACACUGCAUCCACCACUGAACCAAACAGCUCAUUUAAUAGACAGGAAGGGGCUGAGAUGAGCUCUUCAGGGACUGUGUUUGCACCAAUCACAGCACAGACUCUUGUUUACACAGUCACUAGGGCCAAGGGUUGGAAGUGCUCCCUCUCUGGCCGGAGUGAGAACAGUUGCAGAAUAUGUUGGGCUAUCUGCAGCUUCCAAGACCUGUCUUGCUUAGAGUACUGCCUUCCACAGGCUGGUCCAGCUAUGGGAGUAGUAGUACCUAUGGGAGCCUGUUUUCAGCCAUGGGUUGGUCUUAUUCUUCAGCGGCUAGAGUGUUGGGAUGAUCUUCUUGUGCGCUUCGUAGAGGCUGUUUUUGUAUUAUUCAAAUUCUGAUUUCUGUACCAGCAGAGAUUUGAGUAUAGGCCAUGGGACUUUGGUAUUGUUAUUUGCGCGAAGCAUUACCUGUCUCAGUGCUUUGUAAACACCCUUCUCCAUAACCUACUGAUUGGCAAGGCAGGUGAGGAUAGGCAGGGCUUCCCCAGAGAUACGAACUGCGGGAAAGAAUCAGGCAUGCGGGACUCUCCAGCCAGACACAGAGGAAAAAACGACGUAGAUUAGUAUAAACGUGUUAAUUUAUGUUUUAUGAGCUAGCUGGGAGCAAGCCUAAGCUAACACCAGGCUUUCACAUAAAUAAGAAGUCUCCGUGUCUUUAUUUGGGUAGCUGGUGGAUGGAAGCAGUCCGACGAUGCUGGAGUGUCCUCAGAAUAAGGUGCCCAAACUGCUGGACUGCCAUGAGGACAGUCUGGCCAGUUGUUAGUAAAGAGGCUGCUUGGCUGACAGCUUGAAUCAUUCGUUCACAAACAUUUAAAAGCAUGCUUACAAAAAAAGACUUAAUAAAAGCCCAAUAUAUUACAAUUCUUAACAAUAACACUUAAUCGUAUUUAAUAAAAUUAGCAUUGAACAGGGUUUAACUCCUGCCCCAAAGCUGUAGUCACUGAAUUUCUCCGAGCCAUCUCAGAAGGAAUGAAAGCCUCUUUCUGUCUGUGGCGUUGGGUUGCCGAGUUCUGCUGGGAAAGGAACUCUUAGAGCUUCAUGUAGGUGAAGGGAUGGUCAGGACAUAAGUAUCAGCAUGUCCUACAGUACAUGUGGGACUUUCCAUCCUGCUGCUCACAAAACAGUCUGCACUGCCAAGAUUAACAACCCAGACUUUCAACUGCCUGUUCUCUGUGCCUCAGCUUCCCUGAUAUAAAAUUGUAAUCUGAUUCACUUCCAAAUACUUCUUAAGAAUGCUAUGCUAAUGUUACAUGUAAACUAUAGAAAAUGACGUUUAGGAAGAAAAAAAUUGUGCAAAUUAUUGUUAUCAUAGCCCUGUCUGCCGUGUGUCGUUUCUAAAUCUUACUACAGAGUACCCUCUCAAUAAAGAUUUGCUGAAUUGCAUUUAAUCUUUUAUUCUGACAAGAAGAAGCUGAGAGGUACAAGAAUUUCAUCAUUC